UCUUGCAGGAGCCCCUGGUUGGUAGAGCCCACCACGGCAUCCCCUAGACGCCACUAUGUUCCUCUUUUCCCAUAAGACCAAGACCCCCAUCAGCACUUACAGUGACUCCUACAGGGCUCCUACCUCCAUCAAGGAGGUCUAUAAGGACCCACCUCUGUGGGCUUGGGAAGCCAACAGGUUUGUGACUCCGGGCCUGACUCAGACUGUGCAGCGCCACGUGGAUCCUGAAGCCCUGCAGAAGAUGGUCAAGUGUGCUGUGCAGGACUACAGCUAUAAGAUUUCCAUACCAGGCCACCCCUACUUGCCUGAGAAAUACUGGCUCUCUCAAGAGGAAGACAAAUGCAACCCAAACCACCUGUGCGGUAACCGGUAUAAUACAUGGAGGAUGGGACCUUACAACUGUACGGGCUGGAACAAAUGUGCCACAUACCUUCCUCGGCUGCGUAAGGAGGCGGGGAUGGAGACAGUAGUUCGAGGAAUGCCCUUGGUGUACCCUCCUAAGCCGGAGCGACUCAACGCCUACGAGCGCGAGGUAGUGGUGAACAUGCUGAACCCUCUGUCACGGAACCAGCCGCUGCCGGAGAUCACGCCCCGCUGCGGGUGUGUGGACCCGCUGCCGGGCCGCCUGCCUUUCCAGGGUUAUGAAAGCGCUUGCUCGGGCCGCCACUACUGUCUGCGCGGCAUGGACUACUGCGUCGCCGGGCCACCCUGCACCGAACGUCGCCUGCGGCUUUUGCGCACAGAGCGGCCGACUGCAAGGUUCGCAGGGCCGCGUGCUUAGUAGCCGGGCCCCGCCCUCAAGCAAGCCCUGCCCCCAGGGUCCCCGCUACCCCAGCUGCGGACGCUCCAUCCCGAACCACUUCUAGCUCUGACCUGCCUCUGUGCCAGACCCCACCCCGCCUCCAGCCCGCGCGGUCCGCUUACUGGCGCCUCCCUGUCCCGCCCUCGGGCCUCACGGCCUGAACGUAUGGCGGAGGCGGGAGAACCUGCACGGAGAUACCCGAGUUCCUGAUCCUAUCCCUCCUGAACUGGGCUCAAGGUCAACCUGGCUCCUGUACGUCUUCUGGAGGCUCUGCCCGAGGAUUUCUUUGAGGAACAAACUCCGCACACCAGUUUGUUCCCCCUUCCCACACCCGCCGGCCCUACCCCCUACCUGGUCACCCGGCCCUGGAGACGCAGGUUCUAGCUUGCGGAGUGCCAUGUGUCCUCAGAACAGUGUCCCCUAUUCCUGGGCCUCGGGUCACCGUUGGUAACGGGCAGGGUCAUCGCUGGGUUCUAAGAAGGCAAGGAAGUGGUGACCGCAUUAGCAGAAGGACCCUGGCCUUCUCGGAGCCCCGCACCACCUCUGGAGGUAGACAGCCUCGCGUGUUAUUGUGGAGAAAACUGAAGCUCGGGCGCACAGCAGAAGCCCGAGCGCUCAGCAGAAGCCCAGACUGCAACGCGGCCUUUUCCCUGCACUUGGCGUUAGACAAGGCUGGCUGAGCCUGGGAGAACUCCAAUGUCCGCGUCUGUCUAGAGAGCUGUGAAAGGGGGAGGGAGAUCCUGAACCCUGUCCCUAACCCCGUGGUGAUACCCCGUCCCUCCCCAGGCUGAGAGAGACUGAUUCAUUGUGCGAAACUGGGUCUUAUACCUCACAAGGGCGUGGAGGAGCGAGAAAGUGCCUAAGCCUCAGAAACGUCGCCUCGUCGAUAAGCUGGAGUAAUUGCUGUCCCAUGUUGAGGAUCCGGGGGCUCCCAGGUCCUCAGUGACUGUAUCCCAACCCUCCCCAGAGUACAGCGUUCUCCACCGCCCAGGGUGGGCGGCAGAAACGAGGCCUUAGGGGGAGAGGGACUUCAGGUGUCUUCCCAGAGGCGACGUUUCGAGGUCUUGAAGGGACAGGAGGCCGGAAGGGAGGAUCUCCGAGCCGUAGGAUUGACACCUGAAGUGCGGCUUAGAGUCUUGGUCUGGGCUGGGGCGUAGAGGGAAGUCAAAAGGCCCGACCCAUUCCUGCCCACCGCUUCCUUCUCCAGGAGUGUAUCGCCCUGCGAGCACCGGCCGGGAAUGCAAUGUGCUGUUAUAACUCCCCCGCCGUCAUACUACCCUUGUCCGAACCUUAGGUAAAUCUGGCACACACACAUGCAAAUACGCACCCACACAGAAGCUGUAACCUUGGCAUGGCAGGGGACCCAGGGACUAGUAGGGAUAACUGACCGCUGCGAUGCACCGACUGGAAGAUGACACCAGGGGGCGAUGGUGCCAUGGGGAAGUCAAAGCUGGCAACUAAAUGAGAGGGCAUGGAGAUGGCAUUGAGGGUUUACAGGUUGGCAGUGGGGCUUAGAGUCAAGAGAUCAGGGCGUUAGGUUCAGGGCUUGAAUUAAAGGGUAAAAAGUCAGUGUUAGGGAGCGGGUAUUGGGAAUCAAAAAUUUAACAGUAGAACCUGAGGUCAAGAGGUCAGUGUUCGAGCCUAGGGCCAUUAUUCGGGGCAAAAUGUUGGGAUAAGAUUAGCAUUGAGAAUUGGAGUCAGACGUAUGAGGGUCCAAAAGGGCCGACCCAUCUCUCCCCACAGAUGGGACACAAGUCACUUCAAGAAGGCUGGUGGCCCCCAGAGAAACAACUAUGUCGUCCACCCUGAGUUUGUGUCCGAGACCUAUCCUGACUACCACUGCCGGUAGAGCCCGGGCUGGCCGGGUCAAGGGGGCUGAACAAUAAAUAAAUUCUUCAUCCUAAAGGCUGCCUCUCGUGUCCUUACCCAGGAGGAUCUGGCAAUGAGGAGCCAAUCACUCAGGCCUC